AGGAGCCGCUGCCGGGGAAGGUGACCCGGCCAUGGCGCUGCCGAGCCCGGCUGCGCUUGUGACACUGAUGAGAGCCGCAAAGGGCAGGGGGGGAUGGGAGGGUGUCCGCAGGUGCCGGCACCCCCCGGGGAUUUGGCAGGUCCUUCGUUUCUCCUCCGCCUCCCCGGUGAUCGCCGCCAAGGAGCCGUUCCCGGUGGAGCUGAAGGCGGGGAAGAAAUACGCGUGGUGCAGCUGCGGGCACAGCAAGAACCAGCCCUUUUGUGACGGCGCCCACAAGCGAGCGGCCCCGGGGCUCUCCCCGCUGCGCUUCACCCCCGAGGAGGACAGGACUGCCUGGCUCUGUGGGUGCAAACGCACCCGAACCCCCCCCUACUGCGACGGCACCCACAAGGAGGAGGCGGUACAGGGCGCCCAGAGCCCCCCAAAACCCUGACACCCCCCCAGGGACGGAGCCCACGGUAGCUCCGGGUGACCGGGACGUUCAGCCCUUGCGUGGGAGGGAGCGGGAAGGAGAUGCCCGCCUCCCACCCCAAUUAACCUUAAUUGCUGAGCCCUGGGAGCUGCCACCAGCUGCCCAACACCCAGCCUCACCCCACAGCCUCACCCCGCCGCGGGGGCAGCGAUUGUGCCUUCUGCCCUGCCAAGGGUAACGACGGCUCGGCAGGGGCAGGGGCAAGAAAGAAUCCCUCGGAUAAUGGGACUUUCCAGACGGGUUUUGCAUCCCCGGAGCUGCGGGUGCCUGUUGGGGUGUGGGGUGGAGGGACCCGGAGGGAGGGGAUGUGGGAUGGAGGGACCCGGAGGGAGCCAGGCAGCUGCACCGGGGCAGGCACGGGGGGGCAGGACAGUCUGCAGCAUUUAUUACAUGUACAAAGCUGUGUAGUUAUACAAAUGUUGAACCCAUAACGAUAGAUGAAUAUCCGAAUAUAUUACAAGACAUUAAAACGCCGUUACAGGAUGCAGACAUACA